GUUGUUUUUCUCUUUUCUCAAUCCGAUUCAGAGUUGGCUGUCCCACUUCACAAUUAUCAUUAUCAUUAUCCAGAAGAAAUCGCAAAAUCGAUGAGAUCAGAGAUGGGAUCAACAAUCCCACCACGCUCGUGGUCCUCUAGCCGCAGGAUAACUCCAAAUCCAAUACUCCGAACUAUUUUAACGGCUCCGCGGUUCAAUUCUGUGGAAAUGGAGCUCCAUAAUGCCAUCGCUAAUGGCGAUGGUAAAACCCCCAAUUCACAGACAUCACAUAUCCACAACUUUAUUUCACGUGGAAAACGAUUUCAACCAGUCCCCAAUAAUUCCAUUCCAAGGCCUAAAUAUCCUGUUUCUUCACUCUGUCCUCCCAUUGUGCUGUGGUUUUUUCAGAGGCUCUCCGAUUAGGGCAAUUUUAGGGCUAGUAGAGAGAACGGAUAAGAAAUGAAGGUACCCAAGAGGCCGAUUCGAGCCAUUACGUCAUGGGUUCGGAGGCAACCGCCGAAAAUGAAAGCGUUUUUGGGGGUGGUGUCUGCUAUAAUCUCUCUUGUUCUUCUCUAUGUGAUGGUCCACGAUCACAGAAACAUUUUUGUUGCCGCUGAAGCUGUUCAUGCCAUCGGAAUUGUGAUUCUUAUCUAUAAGCUCAUGAAGGAGAGGAGUUGUGCAGGUCUUUCACUCAAGUCACAGGAAUUAACCUCUUGUUUUCUAGCUGCUAGACUCUAUUGCAGCUUUGUCAUUGAAUAUGACGUACACACAUUCCUUGAUUUGGCUACUUUAGUACCAACUCUUUGGGUCAUUUACAUGAUCCGGUUCAAGCUCAAAGCCAGUUACAUGGGGGACAAAGAUAAUUUUAAAGUUCUGUACUUGGUGGUACCAUGUAUUCUUCUUGCCGUCCCCUACCAUCCAACAUCUCCAUCUGUUGGUUCUUUUAGUAGAAUCCUCUGGGCGUUUUGUGUUUACCUUGAAGCCAUUUGUGUUCUACCACAGGUUCGGGUCAUGCAGAACAUGAAGAUUGUUGAGCCAUUCACCGCGCAAUAUGUAUUUGCCUUAGGAGUUGCCAGGUUCCUGCACUGUGCAAAUUGGAUUUUACAGAUGGUAGCGACUCGUGGGGCACUACUGGUAGAAUUGGGAAGAGGAUAUUGGCCAAUUAUGGUUCUCCUUUCAGAAAUUGUCCAAACCUUUGUUCUCGCAGAUUUUUGUUAUUACUAUGUCAAAAGUAUUCUUGGUGGCCAGCUCGCCGUACGCCUUCCUGCCGGAGUGGUCUGAACGGCGGCCGCCACCACUGCUGCUUGUGUGAACGACAUACAUGUGGUAAGAAUAUCUUGUCUUUACCCAAUUCUAAUCCCGUAGUGAAAGUUGUUGUGACUGAACUGCAAGAUAAAAGAAGAUAAAAAAAAAACAGAGCAUACUUGCUUGCUAAACUUGUGUGCAUCUGCAUCUUACAUUUUAGUAAUAAAAGAUGAAUAAUGAAGGUGCUAUUGUCAUUUCACUUGCUUUUUUCCCCCUUUUUGGUGCUUUUGUAGUUUUAGAAAUUUGGUUAAAGAUUUUUGUAAACAGUGUUUGUAGAACCAUCAGAGUAUUUAAAAUCACUUUCCUAGUGGCUGAUCGGAAAUUACUGAUCUCCAAACAUUUUAAAGUGAUUUUGGUAAUGUUAAAAGUGAUUUUAGUUUACCCACAUUCAA